GUCAGUGUGCCGCUGCUCUGCUCACACCUCCGUCUCCAUAUAAACCUCGGCCACAGUCGUCCUCUGGUGUCACUUCAGUUCACGGCUCAAGAUGUACAACUUGAUGGUGAUUUGCUUCUCAUCAGCGGCUCUCUUUGCCUGUGUGAAGAGCGCGACUCCUCCGCCUUGUGACAGUGAGAUCUACUGCACCGGGCCCAUCCUGCAUCAGAUGCAAAGCGCCAAGCUGUUUGAUGAUGACAAGUACUUUGUUGACAUGAAGCUGAGGGCAGCUCCUGAUGUUGUGUUGUCGGCUUUUCACAACCUCUCAAACAAAUUCCCAAACAAGAACGUCCCACCUGCCGACCUGCGGGAGUUCCUCGCUGCACACUUUGAGGAUCCGGGGACGGAGUUUGAGCCGUGGACGCCGCCUGACUGGCAUGACAAGCCCAAGUUCCUGGGAGGAAUCGCAGACGAGCAGCUCCGCAAGUGGGCCGGAGAGAUCCACUCUCUGUGGAAGUCACUCGGCAGAAAGAUCCGCUCCAGUGUCAGAGAUCAGCCAGAGCUCUACUCGCAGAUCUACAUGCCGAACCCGCUCGUGGUGCCGGGAGGCCGCUUCAGGGAGCUCUACUACUGGGACUCCUACUGGGUCAUCAACGGGCUCCUGCUGUCAGAGAUGACAGACACGGCCUCCGGGAUGAUUCAGAACUUCCUCCACCUCGUCAACAGAUAUGGCUUCGUUCCAAACGGUGGGCGGAUUUACUAUGAAAGGCGCAGCCAGCCUCCAUUCCUCACACUAAUGGUGGAGAGCUACUAUCAAGCAACCCAGGAUAAAGAGUUCCUCAGAGCGGCUUUACCGGUUCUGGAGAAGGAGCACGAGUUCUGGAUGAGGAACCGCUCGCUGGCCGUAAAAGUAAACGGGGCGUUGCAUGUACUGAACCGGUAUGACGGGAUGGCCGACUUGCCGAGGCCUGAAUCCUACACAGAUGAUCUGGAGUUAGCUGAAGGACUCACUGAUGAGCUUAAGCAGCAGCUGUGGCUGGAUCUGAAAGCGGGUGCAGAGUCUGGCUGGGACUACACAUCCCGCUGGUUUAUAGACGGCGACGGCCACAACGACGGCACCCUCAGAGACAUUCGCGCCAGCCAGGUCCUGCCCGUUGACCUCAACGCUCUGCUGUGCCGCAAUGAGAAAACUCUCGCUUCGUUUCACCGGCUGCUGGGUGAUGGUGACUCAGCUGCACGGUUCGACCGGGCUGCAGCCCGCAGACUGGAGGCGAUGGAGCUGCUGCUGUGGGAUGCUGAGAGGGGAGCCUGGUUUGACUACAGCCUGGUGACGUUUUCCAAACACUACCACUUCUACACCUCCAACCUGGCGCCCAUUUGGGCUCAGUGCUAUUCUCGGCCUGAGAUGGGAGAGAGGGCCGUGCAGUAUCUGAAGGGGAGUGGUGCUCUCCAGUUCCCCAACGGAGUGCCCACGUCACUGAAGGAUUCUGGGCAGCAGUGGGACUAUCCGAACGCGUGGCCUCCUUUACAGCACAUGCUCAUUGAAGGUUUAUCCAAACUGCCUUCAGAAGAAGCCCAACAGCUGGCGUUUGAUUUGGCCCAGCGUUGGAUCAAGACAAACUGGUUGGCCUACAUUAAGUAUGAAGCCAUGUUUGAAAAGUACGAUGUGAACGGAGAUGGCAAACCUGGCGGUGGAGGAGAGUACGUGGUUCAGCUGGGCUUCGGUUGGACCAACGGCGUGGCCCUGCAGCUCAUGGACCAGUAUGGGGCGACUCUCGCGUCAGGAGGCCGACACGUGUCUUCUGGCCUCCUGCUGCCUCUGGUCACCGCAGCCGCGCUGGUGUUGCAGUGAAUCAGAGGUGUCAAAAGAGCCCGACUGAAGGUUGGAUUUCAUUAUUGCUGGUUUCACUCCUCCUGCAUCGCCUCCGAGCGCUGACAGACGUUCAACAAACACAAACUGACAUCACCACCGAGACCACGCUGUGCAUAUUUUAACUCCUCUAAAUCCAAUAUGAUCAGGAUCGGUUUUAUUUUUCAGAAGGAACGGGAUAGGAUUUAUGAUAACUCGGGAUUACUUUGAUGAAUAUUUUAGUAUUUAUCCUCAGAGAUAAAUGAUCCUUGGCUUUAUCGGAGGAUGCAGAUCAUUUAGGCACUUCUGGACUCCUUCGAGUAAUGCGGGCUGCUGCUGCUCCUUACAUCACAACAUUAACUUGUCCCAGAUAUUGAACUGACAUUAUAAACAGUUAUUCACCUAAUUCAAUUAUAAAGUUUAUUGCUGCAGUGUAGCCGAACUCCCACGGAGCUCCUCCAUUUGCAUGCAAAACCGAAGUCGGAAUGUAAAUGAGGUUGUGUGAGAAAUAAAAUGUGAAGCAUUAAAUAUAUUUGGAACA